GCUCUCUAAUCACUCCGUGUCCUCCUCGUCCGAUGACAACUUCGACCAUGCUUCUGUCACCGAGUCGAUAUCACGACCAGGCUCUCCGUCUGCCUCUACGCAUAAUGCAGGGCCAAGUGUCGCAGGAUCGGCGGCGCAGGCCGGAGAAGGAGGUGGUACGGUACUAGGACAGGACGUGAUGGAGCUUGACACUGUCACCUGCCUUUGGGAGAACUGCGGGAGCGUUUUCAGCCAUCUUCCGACGCUCAUUGAGCAUAUUCAUAACGAACACAUUGGGGUGCACAAGAGCAACUACACGUGCGAGUGGGCAACAUGUAAUAGAAGGGGCAUGGCGCAGACGUCGCGAUUCGCCUUGAUAUCGCAUAUACGAUCCCAUACAGGAGAGAAGCCAUUUACCUGUCCGCGACCAGAAUGUGACAAAUCGUUCACGCGUUCGGAUGCUCUUGCAAAGCACAUGCGACUACAACACAAUAUCUCGCCUCCCCUACCCGGCCGCGGUGGGAACCGUAAACGGAAACGAAACGACGACGCAGAGCAUCCGCCAGCGUCCACCUCGAACGCGGACGCGAGCUCGGGCUACAACACGUUCAAGGUCGAUCAGUCGAAUUCAGGAUCCGGCACCGUCGGGGGAAGUGGUGCAGGUGCGGCGGAGGUGCCGAGCAUAUACGACGAAGACGUCAGCCCGCUCGACGGCCUGCUGCUCGCGAACGGGCAGCUCGCCGGUGUGGAUUACUUCAACUACCCCGAUGCGCGGUCCCCAUCUCCUUCGUCGGAAGAGGAAUCCGUCAACGGGAACGGAGACGCGGCGACGAACGGAGAUGGGGAGUUCGAGAUCGAGGGCAUCCCGCGACACUUGAUGGCCGCUUACGAUUCGCAGACCGGACUCAUACACGGGCGGAGCGUGCAGAUGGUGCGGUACCUGCUUAUGAAGGCGAAGUACAGGUACGCGCUGGAGGUGCACGGGGAGGCGGUAGAGGAGCUGCGCGUGGUGAGGAAGGAGGAGCAGGCUGCGCGGUUAGAGAAGGAGGCCGUGCUGAACGAGACGUUGAGGGCGACGUUUGGACCACAAGCCGAUCCGUUAUUGGUGCCGAUCGAGGUUCUUGGUCCACCCCCUCCUCGGACCAGACCGAAGGAUGGUCACGACAUGGAAUAAUGACACGCUAUCGUUCUUGUAUAACGAGACCUCUCCUAGUAGGGCUCGCUCAUUGCUUGGAGUCGAGAAUCCCCGAAGACAUGACGGAAUGGACGCAAUGUUGUAAUUGAUAACGCUGAUCUCAUGGUAUU